AUGCGUGUGGUUAUAGUCGGUGGGGGUAUUGCAGGACUCAAGGCUGCUGUCGACUUACACGCCAAGGGGAUAGAAGUUACCCUCUUGGAAGCUCGUGAUCGUCUUGGUGGCCGUUUGCUGACUGACAGAACCGGACUUUGUGGGUACGAUCUGGGAGCUUCCUGGGCUCACGAUACUUUAUCGAACGAGUUAUUUGACGAGAUGGUGGCUUCUGGAAAGUAUGAUCUAUACUACGACGACGGAGAGCCCUACUACGUGGGGGAGGAACUGACACAUGCCGAUGUUGCUAGAUGGAAACUCCCGCAGGUGGCACACGAGCUGUCAAAGUUUCUUGAACUUCGCCAGUUUAGUAGCCUGGACGUUGAAGACCUUAGUUUGCAUGAUGUGGUGCAGCUAUAUUUACGAAAACAGGGGAACCUACUUUCUGAGAAACAAAAAGAGUACGUUCCGCAGUUCAUUCGUCAAUUGGAGUUGUGGCAUGGAAUAGGGUGGCAGGAAAUGAGCUCUAAAUUUGCGUUGGUGGACAACGUGGGGAGAAACUGUUUGAUUCGAAACGGUUAUGAUAAACUUGUGGAUUUCAUGGCUGACCGGAUUCCAAGCUCCUGUGUCCAUCUUAACACCGUGGUCUCGAAAGUCGAUCGAACCCGGUCGAUAAAAGUCACCACUGCGGAUAACAAAAGUUAUGAAGCGGACUACUUGAUCUGCACGGUCCCACAAAGUAUUUUACAACUCGAGCCUCCACAAACGGGAGCCAUCGAAUGGACACCUGCACUACCCAGAACCAUAACCGAUCCCCUCUCCAAAAUGGGAUACGGCAAACUAGGAAAAAUUAUACUGGAGUUUGAGACUCCAUUCUGGGCUCAUCUGGAAACGGACCGUUUUGUGAGCAUAUCCAGUCCAAAUGUCGGGGAUUCUUUGAACGUCUGGAGUUAUCCCGUUCUAAUACUCAACAUGUACCAUAUCAACAAGGUGCCGUCGCUGCUCUGCUUUGUUCAGGGCCCUGUUACCGAAUAUUUGGAGGCACACACAGAAAAAGUCUGGGACUAUUUCAAACCGCUCAUGAAGAAGUUUACGGACUUUCCACCAACCCCCACCAACAUCAUCACUACCCAGUGGACAGCUGACCCGUUCGCACGAGGCUCCUACGCUGCCUGUCGUCCGGGAGACGACCCGACCGACGUGGUAAUCAGUCUCGAAAAUGGACUCGGGAACGUCCGGUUCGCUGGUGAACACACCAUUCUAGACGGUGCAGGAGCCGUUCAUGGCGCCUGGAUGAGUGGGAAGCGGGAGGCGAAUUAUUUAUUAGACUAUGUAUAA